GAUGUCUGUUUCCCUGGACCUCGGUCUGGGAAACACAGCACAGUCUGCAUCAGUUCCUCUGAUAAACUUAAAGAAUAAGUGGUUUUAAAGAUAUUCUAAUGCUCACAAUCAGUGGUCAGAGAGGAGACGGACUUGUGUCAACACAACUGUCAGUGCUAAUCUUCACUGCAGGCUACAGUGUCUGAUAUCAACAGGCCCUCGAGACACGUCCUGCUCACACCGCGCGCUAACCACGGGAGAGUGAUGGUGCUCCCAAGCGGUCCGAGGAGCGGAAUUACGAUUUCUCAGCUGCCAGUCAAACACACAGAGGCUCCACAGAGAGGAGGAGACGGGGAGGACGCCCCCGUUCAUCCAUCCAUUCAUCAGUCCGCUCAGUAAUCGCUCUCCGCCGCCUGGACCUCCCGCGUGCCCCUACCAGCCUGCGCGGAGGCGCGAGACUACACCACGAGCUUCGGUCGGUCGGCGGCGGCAGCUAACAACGGUCGCACGCGCAUGCCGGUGAGAGGGGACGAUCAGCGUGGAGAGGGAGAAAAAAGAAGCCCGUCUGUCACUGUUAUUCCCCGGUGUGUAUGUGGAGAGACAGAGGGGGAGACAGGACCACCGCCGCUGCAAAACUCCGCUUUUCAUCCCCUGACUGAAGCAUUUCACUGGUCUUCCCUGGUUGCUGAUCUGAAGAUCUGGCCCUCAUCUCUGGCCAGAGUGGACAGCCCCCUCCCUCAGCGAAGAGCACCAUGACCCAGGAGGGGCAAGCUCUGCCCUCUCCCACCCCACCAGAGAACCCCGUGGAGCCCUGUACAACCAACACCGCCACCACUGAGCCGCCCACAGAGACCCACAGCCAGGCAGAGCAGGACAAGCUGGGGGCAGGGGCAAAGGACGAGACAGAGGAGGCGAAACAACAAGAAGAGAUCAGAGAGGGAGACGAGGAGGCGCAGACACAUGGGGAGGGAGAGGGGAGGGAGUUGAAAGAGGAGAAGGUAGAUGGCAGUGGAAAUGAAGAUGAACAGACAGACGGAGGGGUGGAGGGAGAGAUGGAAGGCACAAGAGGAGAAGGAUGUAUGAAUGUGGAGGUAAGCUCUACGGGGGAGGAGGCAGCACAUGAGGAGGUGGAGAUGAAAGAGGAAGAGGAGGGGAUGGAAAAUGAAGAGAUGCAGCCGUCCACGGUGGAGACAGCUCACCCUCAACAGACUGGGCGACUGGCAAAUGGUAUAGGUGGGAAUGAAGAUGAGGAUGAGGCUGGUGAGGAGGACGAGGACGGAGAUGGAGGGGGGAGUCUUACACACUUGGACGCUUUCAGCUCUAACUUUGAGACGACUGUUGAACAGGCCGAUACGGAGGUAGAGGAAGAGGAGGAAGAGGUCCAGAAAGAGGAAGACGGGAGAGAAAACCAGGACAGUUUCAGCUCGGUGUUCGAGCAGAUUGUUGAGCAGGUUGCUGUUCAGGAGGAAGAAGAGGAGGAAGAGGAAAGGGAGCUGGAGGAAGAGAGGGAGAAAGGUAGGGUGGACAACAAAGACGGCUUCAGCUCCACAUUCGAGCGCAUCGUAGAGUCUGCCCUGCUGAGGGGCGGGACCUGCUACAGCAGCCUGGACUCCCUGGAUGUGCUGUCACUCACAGAUGAGACUGACAGCUGUGUGAGCUUUGAGGCGCCACUGACCCCUCUCAUCCAACAGAGGGCGCUGUUACAGGGUCCUGAACCUUUGGAGCUGGAGCUGGCAACUGUACAAGAACAAGAAGGGGCUGAGGCUGGACCAGACACCCCAGGCGAUGAUGCGAAAGCAGGGGAUAGCACUGUCCAUGGAGCUGGAGCUGUUGCUGGAGCAGGAGGAAGCCCUCUGAGGACCACCAUACCAGGGAGCAGGUCAGAGUUUGUGCUGAGUCAGCCUGGACGCUGGGCCAUCCCUAAUGGAUACCAUGCAGACUCCCAGGGAGCCAUGGACGUUUGUGGAGCCAUGAUAAAUUCUGUCAGCGAUGCCAACCUCACAGACGUGCUGUCUGACUCAGAGGAGUGUGAUUUGGGCAGUCUGGAGCGUUUGGAGCGCGGCAGCACCGACACUCUGGCCAAUGGCUGCCGAGCCGACUGUGAGGCCGCCAAGAGGCUGGCCAAGCGCCUCUAUCACCUCGAGGGCUUCAAACGCUGUGAUGUGGCCAGACACCUGGGCAAGAAUAACGAGUUCAGCCAGCUGGUGGCAUCAGAGUACCUGAGUUUCUUUGAUUUCUCCGGCCUGUCGUUGGAUCGAGCCCUGAGGAACUUCUUAAAGGCUUUUCCACUGAUGGGAGAGACCCAGGAGAGAGAGAGGGUCCUGGUCCAUUUCUCCAGACGCUUCUGCCACUGCAACCCACAGACACUCACCUCUGAAGGUCAGAGCCGUGAGGGUGGUGAUGGUGAUCACAAAGAUGAUGGAGCCCACACAUUGACCUGCGCUCUCAUGCUGCUCAACACCGAUCUACACGGACAUAACAUUGGAAAGAAGAUGUCUUGUCAGCAGUUUAUCAGUAAUCUAGAUGGCCUCAACAAUGGCAAAGACUUUCCCAAAGACUUAUUAAAGGUCUUGUAUAACUCUAUCAAGAACGAGAAGCUGGAGUGGGCAGUUGAGGAGGAGGAGCUGAGGAAGAGUCUGUCAGAGCUGGUGGAGGAGCAAUGUGAGGGCGGGAGUAAACGUGUUGCCAGGGUAACGGAUGGCAGUAACCCUUUCAUCGCAAUUCCUAUUCUCUUAAAUGCCGUCACCUACAAACACGGAGUGCUGACCCGCAAGAGCCAUGCCGACAUGGACGGCAAACGCACCCCGAGGGGUCGUCGCGGUUGGAAGAAGUUCUAUGCGGUUCUGAAGGGGAUGAUCUUGUAUCUCCAGAAGGAUGAGUACAAGCCCGACGCUGACAUUUCAGAGGUGGACCUGAAAAAUGCAGUGCGGAUCCACCACGCUUUAGCCACUCGUGCCACCGACUACAGCAAGAGAGCCAAUGUACUGAAGCUCAAAACCUCAGACUGGCGAGUCUAUCUGCUGCAAGCCCCGAGUGAGGAGGAGAUGAUGUCUUGGAUCUUCCGAAUAAACCUGGUGGCGGCGCUGUUCUCAGCCCCGGCCUUCCCCGCUGCCAUCGGUUCCAUGAAGAAAUUCUGUCGGCCCAUCCUGCCAUCCUCAUCCACCAGGCUCAACCAGGAGGAGCAGCUGCUGAGUCACGAGAGCAAGCUGAAGCAGAUGAGCCUGGAGCUGGAGGAGCACCGGAAAAACCCGCCCUCAGUCGACCCCAAAAGCCGCGAGUGGGAGGAGUACCGGCUCAAAGAGCACUACCUAACGUACGAGAAGACCAGGUAUGAGACGUACAUCAGCCUCCUGCAGGCCAAAAUCCGUGCUGAGACGGACGACCUUGAGAAGAUUGAGGCGAGCGUGAUGGGUGGCCUGAUAAUGGAGGGAGGACUGGCCGGCCGCGAGUGCCACCUCCGCAAGACACAGUCCUCCCCGUCCAUCAGCCAGGCUCACGGCGGGCUGAACGGGAGGGCCGCUGAAUGCACUGCCCCAGGACAGAGGAGCUGAGGGGAGGGCCAGACACCACAGCCCACAAAGCAACAUCCCUCCUAGCCAAACUAGCUUAAUCCUCCAACUCCUUACUGGGUUUUUUUUUUUUUUUUUGUUAGUGUUUUGUGUUUUGGGCUCCUCCAUUCCUCCUGUUGUACUUACAGUAAGAGACUAGGCAGCAACAGGAGAAAUGUUCAUCACUAUCCUUCCCAGAAUUUAUCAUCCCUGGUGAUAAGUUUCUGUCCUUGAGCAAUAGAUGAAAAGGAUGAAGAGCCCGCCCUUGAUACCCAAACCUCAGUUCUUUGAACUUUUAUUAUUGCACAUUAAAAUGAUCAUAACUGUGAUCACGACAUCAUCAGUAUUAUUUUGAAAACUCAGAGCAAUGCAGUUGUCUUUAGUUGAAAAUUGUUUUGAGUUACGAAGUUACGAAGUUUGAGUAACUUAUAAUGUAUUAGUUUAAGGCCAGAAAGAGAACAAAGAAAGAGACACAGGCUGCUUUGCCUUUGUCCUCUCUGUCCUGUCUUUGCCGGACAGCGACUGAGGUGGACACGGUGGAGAUGGUACUACUGUAGCAUUAUGGCCUAUUUUUUUAUUUUUUAUUUUUUUCCACUCACACGAACACACCCAGCCGCUCACAGGCAUGUGUAUGGACCUACAGUGUGGAUGGAGUUUGAAGAUACAACAUAUCUGUCCUGGAGUUACAGAAACUCUCAACAGAACUUCUCAGAAGGAUCAAGUCCCUGCCAUGUAUAGCAUAUUUAUUUAUUUAUUUAAUUAUCCUGUAUUCGCCCCAGGGAGGCUUUACCCAGAGUGGACAUGCUCUUUUUCAGCAAUUUCCUUCUUGACAUUCAUACAGUUACACAUAUUGUAUUCCCAUGCAUAAAGGAGCUGCCAAGUGGAACCAUGGUUUUAACUGUUAACUGAGCUGCUCCGCCAGAGAAACUGGAGGUUGAGUGCCUUACUCAAGGGCACCUCAACACUAGCUGUUGAGGGAUUUUGAGAGUGUUUAACACUCACUCGUCAGAGAGAUCACAAGUCUGCGUCUGUGAAUUUUGAGCUGCCGCUUCUCCAAAUACUGACAUGUAUUCAAUUAUUCUGUUCGUUUUUAACAGCUAAAACAAAAACAAAAAAAACAACAACAAAAAAAACAAGGAUAACAGUAUGUGACUGAAUGAAAGCACUGUGCCAUUUAUCCCACAAACUACUCUUCUUGUGUCAUGACAGAGUGCGCUGCGCUGAUAGAGCUGAAUCGUAACAGUAUAUGGUUGGAUGUGAGGUUUCUGAAGAUUGAAAUGAAGGGCAGAACAGGAAGGUGUGGGUGGGAGGUAUACAGGAUGAGUGGGUCAGCUGGUAUGCAUGUGUGCACAUGCAUUUGUGUGUGUGUGACUGUGUGCGUGCAGCAGUAUGCUUUUUAAAGUGGUUCCAGUUGAGAUGUAGAAGCUGUAGGCAACAGGAAGAAGUAAAUAUAGCAGGGUCAUGUCUUUGUAUGAAGAAUUUAUUGAGCAUGUUUGGUGAGAAACAAUCCAAUGGCCUUCUGCUGAAUAAGACUGCCAUCACAAUCAGGCCUGGAUCUCUCAAAGGCAUCAUCAGCAUCAGCUCUACAUUCACCUCUUAAACAGAAAGUCUAACUGAUCCCUUCUCUCCUUUAAAACAUGUUACAUGGACCUAUUAUAGCUUGUCUGGCCUUGUGUUGGGCUUUUACCAGUGCUAGUGUAUUCCUUGUGCUGCAGUCAUUCCCAUCAAAUGGAGAUGUUUUUGGGAAACCAGGCCCUGGCCAAUCUUAGACAGAGACUGGCUGAUUGGACAGUGUAGCAGCAGGACUGCUCAGGCUUAGUGUACUAAAGUCAAGAAACCUGUCAGCGUAGUGGAAAGGAGAGGGGAGCAGCAGCAAAACAACUGCACCAGCAGAGUAGCCAUCAAAACACCCUCCACAUGGUGGAGGAGGAGGAGGGGAGACUUGUUUUCUAAGAAGAAGAGACUGGUUUGGUUUUCUAAGUAAGACCGUCUCUGCCAGCCAAGAACAGGUAACACGGACAUCCAGCACACAUUUUUCCAAACAGAGGAACACAAUAUAUUAAGCCUGUUUAUCAUGGAAGGAGGACUUGUGUAAUGUUCUGAGGAAAUGGGGAUGUGGUGGGAGGGGUGGUGGUACUGCUAUUUGUGAGCACCUUAAUUGAUCCUUACCUGCCCAAACACACACACACACGCACACACACACAACUUUCCUCUUUCUACAUAAUUUGCUUAUGACACAACUGUAGAUCAGUGAGCUUAGUGACCCCCCUCACUCAGCCUCAGUGUGGCUCAGAAGCAUGUUGACAUAAGCGGAGCUGCGGAUCGACAGUAAGAAUAAUCAUAUCUUCGGCUCUGGGCACAGCGCUUCUGCUGCUUCGUACUGUAUGUCAAUAGUGACUGAUGGGAUCUGAGAUCCUUUUGAGACUUGGCUGGGAACCUGGAAUCACAGCUGGAAUCCUGGAACUGGAUCCUUGUACAGACCAAAAUGCUGAAACAGAGCUGAGUUUUGAGAGAGGAAGUACCAUUUUAUAAAGCUGUAUUGAUAGGAUAAAACUGCUUUCUUACAGGGAGACUUCCCCUUAUAGUCACUUUGGCUGUUGUGCUAACCAUAGUUUCCCAAUGUCCUAGGGUAGGCCUGUGCUGUAAUAUAGGAUUGUGACAAAAAAAAAAAAAUUGUUGAUUGUUAUGUUUUAUUUAAAAAAUGACAACUUCGGCACUUUGAUGUCAGCAAUGGAUCUUUUUGUUUGUAUAUCUGAACUGUUUUUUGACAGGAUGCUCAUACUAUGUAAAGGACAUAUUUACUGAAUAUUUAGUCUGUGCUUCAUAAAGUAAGCUUUUAUACAGA